CCCAUAGAGAUCCACAAACAGGGCAGCUAUCAGUGGUAUACAGCUACACCGAGGUUGGUAUUUGCAUCACCAAGCUGCACAGGAGAGCGGGGGAGAGCACUAAGCAGUGUUCUGCCCCGGGUCUCUCUUUACAGCAAAGUUCAGAAUUGCUCUACAAUGUCUGCGGUGGCUUCUCUGCUGUGAGCACACAAAGGCAAUGACGGAUGUCUUUGACCCGUAGAUAUCAGCAAUCACUUCAUUGCUGGUGAUGCUUUACCAGUCCUGUGCUGCAGCAGUCUUCACUUAUUUUGGAACCUUUUGCCUUCAGCCUGGUUUUCAGCAGUGAAACACAUCCUCAGUUGAAUCUACAUAUAGGUUAGGUUAUGCUGCCCAAAAGCUGUCUGAGUCCGAGUGAGAAAGAGAAGGGCUAAAGCCGCACCGAUCCAAAACAGCUUCCCAAAGCCUCUCCAGCAGCGACUCCACUGUGGAGCCAUGAGCAACCCCAGCGCUCCCAACCAGAUAACAUAUGCCGUGGCAUCGGUUAUUCACAGUCCAGAGGCUCCAGCUGCUUCAUCACUACACGUGACUCCGCUCCCUGAUGAGGAGGAUGAUGGGGACUUGAACAAAGCCUUGGGGGUCCAGCGCUUCCAGCAGAUCCUCAGCCCCGCUGCUGCUGUACCUGAUGAACAACACCACCACUACCAUGAGGAGGACAUUGAAUACAACCGUCACUCCUCUCACCACAUCCACCGACCUCUGUCCAAACUGCCCUCCGAGGGACGCAGGAAGAAAAGCAGCAAGAAAAAGAGAAAGGACAAAGAUCACAAAAGCAGCCAUGUUCCCAGCAGUGGCCCCAUAGAGGAGGGAGAGGAUGAAGAGGAAGAGGAGGAUGAGGGGAUGGAGACUUCUGCUCCAUCUGAGUCAGAGAAAGUCAAAGAUGUGGAGUUCUUCGUUUCAGACGAAGACCAUGUGGCCAAACGUGGCAAAGAGAGCCCUCACUUGCCUCGUAAGCUGGAAAUCGUGCCACAGUCUGCCGAGCGAGCAAAUGCUGAAGAUGCAACUUCCUCAGAUAAGCCAGCCUUAUCCGACGCUUCCAGCCCCUCUCCCCAGUCAGUGCCAGCUGAACACAUACCACUUGCCCGGGUGUCCUCUGCCAGCCGCAGCUACGACCUGCAAGAGCGCAGACGUACAGGCAACAUGACGGGUGCUGAGCAGGCCAAGUACCAGCGCAUCCCUACUGACGAGAGCGAGGCUCAGACGUUGGCCUCUGCUGACCUAGACGGCAUCAAGAGUCAUCGUUUCGAAGAUGUUCCCGGCGUGCGCAGACACCUGGUCAGGAAGAACACCAAGGGACAAGUGGUGCACACGGGCAAGGACCACAAAGAGCCGACCACUCGCAGUCGUAAGCAGGACCGAACCCCACAUGAGUCAUUACCUGUGGUUGUGUACCGCUCUGCCUCGCGGCUUGAAGGCGUCCUGCUGGACAUGGACUUCGGUCAAAUGGCUGAGAAGGUGUUUGUGGAGCUGAACGAGCUGACUAUGGACAAGAACCAGGAGAUGCAGUGGAAGGAGACAGCUCGAUGGAUCAAGUUUGAGGAGGACGUGGAGGAGGAGACCGACCGCUGGGGGAAACCUCACGUAGCCUCGCUGUCUUUCCGCAGUUUGCUGGAACUCAGAAAGACCAUCUCACACGGCGCAGUGCUGCUGGACCUGGACCAGAAGACCCUGCCUGGCAUCGCCCACCAGGUGGUGGAGCAGAUGAUCAUUUCUGACCAGAUCAAAGCUGAGGACCGAGCCAAUGUCCUGAGGGCCCUGCUGCUGAAACACAGUCACCCAAGCGACGAAAAGGAGCACAGUAGCCCUUUCCCCAGGAACAUCUCCGCGGCCAGCCUGGGCAGCCUGAUAACACAUCACAAUAGUGCCAAUCACACCCAUCAGCCAGAACCGUCGGUGACCGACCCGCUCAUGGGCACCAUCUACGCCCCGGGGGACAUGGAAACAUGCAUUGAUUUGGAGAAGAACGAUGUACAGCAGAAGGAGCCGACCUUGGUGUCCGGUAUGCAUCGGUCCAAAUCCAAACAUGAGCUGAAGCUGCUGGAGAAGAUUCCUGAAAAUGCUGAGGCCACUGUUGUCCUUGUGGGCAGUGUGGACUUCCUGGAACAGCCCACCAUGGCGUUUGUGCGACUGCAGGAGGCUGUGGAGCUGGAGUCCGUCCUCGAGGUCCCUGUUCCAGUCAGGUUUCUCUUUGUUCUGCUGGGACCCCCCACCACCAGCAUGGACUAUCACCAGAUAGGACGCUCCAUUUCCACACUUAUGUCUGACAAGCCAUUCCACGAGGCGGCUUACCUGGCAGACGACAGGCAGGACCUGCUGAACGCCAUCAACAGCUUCCUGGACUGCAGCAUCGUGCUGCCUCCUUCAGAGAUGGGAGGGGACGAGCUGCUGCGCUCCGUCGCUCGCUUUCAGAGCGAGAUGCUGCGCAAGAGGGAGGAGCAGGGGGUCAAACUGGCAAAGGAGCCUAAAAGCCACGAAGAAAAAGAGGCCCUCCUCACACCAUUGAAAAAGUCAGACGACCCUUUAAAGCGCACCCGACGCCCCUUCGGUGGGCUGAUACGAGACGUGCGGCGCCGUUACCCAAAGUACCUCAGUGACUUCAAGGACGCCCUGAACAGUCAGUGCAUGGCUGCCGUUAUCUUUAUCUACUUUGCUGCUCUCUCUCCAGCCAUAACAUUCGGAGGACUGCUGGGUGAGAAGACAGACGGUCUGAUUGGUGUUUCUGAGCUGAUUGUGUCGACAGCAGUGCAGGGUGUGAUCUUCUGCUUGCUCGGAGCGCAGCCGCUACUCAUUGUGGGCUUCUCUGGACCCCUGCUGGUCUUUGAAGAAGCCUUUUACAGUUUCUGCAAAGCAAAUGAAAUGGAGUACCUGACGGGCCGGGUCUGGAUCGGGUUUUGGCUCAUCAUCAUCGUGGUCGUCAUGGUGGCCUUCGAGGGAAGCUUCCUGGUCCGCUUCGUGUCCCGCUUCACCCAGGAAAUCUUCUCCUUCCUCAUCUCCCUCAUCUUCAUCUGCGAGACCUUCAUCAAGCUCGGCAGGAUUUUCAAGGAGCACCCGCUGAGAAGUUGCCCUUUGAACAACGGCACAGAAUGGGACGCCUCGAAGGAAAAUAUCACACUUCUAAGCAACAGCACCCAGCCAGCGACGGUCCAAAACCAACCCAACACUGCGCUGCUCUCUCUGGUUCUCAUGGCCGGAACAUUUUUCAUUGCCUUCUACCUGCGCAAGUUCAAGAACAGUGCAUUCUUCCCUGGAAGGUUGCGCAGGAUUAUUGGAGAUUUUGGCGUCCCCAUUGCCAUCCUCGUCAUGGUCCUGGUGGAUUACAGUAUAAACGACACAUACACACAGAAACUGAGCGUCCCUCAUGGUUUCUCUGUGACGAGUCCCAAAAAACGUGGCUGGAUCAUCAGUCCUCUGGGUAUCAACGGUGAAUUCCCCAUCUGGAUGAUGUUUGCCUGCUGUUUUCCCGCUCUGCUGGUGUUCAUCCUCAUCUUCAUGGAGACUCAGAUCACCACCCUGAUAGUGAGUAAGAAGGAGCGCAUGCUGGUGAAGGGUUCUGGUUUCCAUCUUGACCUGCUGCUGAUCGUGAUGCUGGGCGGCAGCUUGGCUCUGUUCGGCCUGCCGUGGCUGGCCGCCGCGACCGUUCGCUCGGUGACCCACGUCAACGCCCUCACUGUCAUGAGUAAGGCUGUCGCCCCCGGAGACAAGCCUCGCAUCCAGGAGGUGAAGGAGCAGAGGGUCACCGGGCUCCUGGUGGCCAUCAUGGUUGGCAUGUCCAUUGUGAUCGGUGACCUGCUGCGUCAGAUCCCCCUGGCGGUGCUGUUUGGUAUCUUCCUCUACAUGGGUGUGAUGUCCCUUAAUGGUAUCCAGCUAACAGAGCGGAUGAUGCUGCUGCUCAUGCCACCAAAGUAUCACCCUGACCACACCUACGUACGCAAGGUCCGUACACUGCGUAUGCAUCUGUUCACCUGCAUCCAGGUGGUGUGUUUGGCGGCUCUGUGGGCUGUAAUGUCGACACAGGCGUCGCUGGCUUUCCCCUUCGUCCUCCUCCUCACCAUACCAGUCAAGAUGUUCCUGCUGCGCCGCAUCUUCACCCCCAGAGAGAUGGCAUGUCUGGAUGCGGACGACACAGAGCCGAAGUUCGACGAACGUGAGUGUCACGAUGAGUACUCAGAGAUGCACAUGCCUGUGUAACGUUGCAACAAGCCCUCAUAUUACCACUUAACUCCUCUUACUGGACACCAAAAAUUUGUCUACCAGCCAUUGAGAUCCAUAGUCCUUUAAACUUGAAACAAUCACGAUUUGAUGCCACAUCACUGUGCAGCCUCUUUAUUCUCACUGAGACAUGAACGUACGGUAUGUCGAAGGUCUGGUUGGUUGUUACUUUGGUCCAACUUAACUAUUUAAGUAGCUUUUUAUCAAAUUGUUUGGGACUUUUCUUCCGGUUAACAGCACUAAAGAUAAUAAUCCAACUGAGGAAAUCAAAUAGUCAACAGAGUGUGUUCACUCAUAAUUUACUUUUUUAAAUAUAUAUUUCAGGGGACAGGAGAAUCCAAAUCAAAUUAUGUGAUCUCAAGCUCAAAUUAAAUGUGAUUACAGUAGAUAGAUUUGCAAGACUAAUUCAUUUUUAGCCCUGAAAGGUUGCUUUGAUUCACAUUGAAUAUGUGGAGGAAAUAUGGGUUACAUUCUUUUAUAUUAGCACGCUGACUUACCGCUAUUCAAGUUUGUCACUUUUGUCAUUUUUUUAAACUCACCAAGAGCCUUAUGAAGGAAAUUAAAAAAGGUAUACUGAGUUUUUUUUCCACAUUCUGUCUUAUUUUAGACAGCUGAUCACUUUAACUGCCUCUAAAGCUCGUAGCACUUUUUUCAGACUGAACAAUGACUGUAUUUUAUGUACAUGUAAUCAUUUUAUCUUUUUGUAGUCCUUUUUAAUUCCCUUAAUAUCAAUGUUGCUUUAGUUUGCUUCUUAAACGACUAUCUGUGAUUCAUUUUAGCCUGUCCUUUUAACUAUACAUCUUUUUUGUACUCUAAUGCAGCGGUUUAGAUGACCGUUGGGGUUUUAUGUCCAAUUUUGUACUGCAGUGAGUUAAAAUCACCAGCAGAGGGAGAUCUAGCAGGACUGUGACGAUGACGUAACAAAACUGUACAAAAAAAUCAAAUUUUCUCUUUACACUAAUGACGUGGCAUCAUGUUUCUAAUCCUAACAGAAAAUUAACACAGUGGCAUAAUAAAUAUACUCUUAAAUGUCACCACGCACAUGUUUAGGGCACUAAUGUUAUCGUGUAGAGUUUGUAUCACUUGGUGUGUUUAUGGGAAUCACUGUAAUUUAUUGGUUUCUUUGUCCAAGUGCCAAAUGUCUUGUGUUUUGUGAUCAGAACAAUAAGCUGCAGUUCAGUCAUCUCACAUCUCCUAACAAUGUUUCUUGAAGAAGCUUCAGCAUUAACUAACAUUCCUUGUUUUAUCAUAAUUUAGCUUUUUUUGGUAGGGGGACUAAUUUAAACAUUUCAUUCACACUCAUGUUGUGAACUUGCCUGGUCGACCAAAUUUGUGUAGACAAUCUCAAUAUUCAUGCAUUACUGAGAGUGAAGGCUUUUAA